CCCCGGGAGCUACGGAAGGGGACGGACGGGGCCUCCGCCCAGCAGCAGCAACCGCCGCGGUAGCCCCCGCGAGAGCAGCCGCCGUCGCCGUCGCCGCUGCCCCAGCCGGUGCCGAGCCUCCGCGCUUUGUGAGUGAGCCCGGGCCCGGUCCCCUCUCCCGCCGCCGCCAUGGGCUGCACGCUGAGCGCCGAGGACAAGGCGGCGGUGGAGCGGAGCAAGAUGAUCGACCGCAACUUGCGGGAGGACGGCGAGAAGGCGGCCAAGGAGGUGAAGCUGCUGCUGCUCGGUGCUGGUGAAUCUGGUAAAAGCACUAUUGUGAAACAAAUGAAAAUCAUCCAUGAAGAUGGAUAUUCCGAGGAAGAAUGCAAACAGUAUAAAGUAGUUGUUUACAGCAACACCAUCCAGUCCAUCAUUGCAAUUAUAAGAGCCAUGGGACGACUGAAGAUUGACUUUGGGGAAGCUGCCAGAGCUGAUGAUGCUCGGCAGUUGUUUGUUUUAGCUGGUAGUGCUGAAGAGGGGGUGAUGACUCCAGAACUGGCAGGAGUAAUUAAACGGUUAUGGCGAGAUGGUGGCGUGCAAGCCUGCUUUAGCAGAUCAAGGGAAUAUCAGCUCAAUGACUCUGCCUCAUAUUACCUAAAUGACUUGGAUAGAAUAUCCCAAACCAGCUAUAUUCCAACUCAGCAAGAUGUCCUACGGACAAGAGUGAAAACCACAGGCAUAGUAGAGACUCAUUUCACUUUCAAAGACCUGUACUUCAAGAUGUUUGAUGUGGGAGGUCAGCGAUCAGAACGAAAAAAGUGGAUUCACUGCUUUGAAGGUGUGACGGCAAUCAUCUUCUGUGUGGCCCUCAGCGAUUAUGACCUUGUCUUAGCUGAAGAUGAAGAGAUGAACCGAAUGCAUGAAAGUAUGAAACUGUUUGACAGCAUUUGUAACAACAAAUGGUUUACAGACACAUCGAUCAUUCUCUUUCUUAACAAGAAAGACCUUUUUGAGGAAAAGAUAAGAAGGAGCCCACUAACUAUCUGUUACCCAGAGUAUACAGGUUCUAACACAUAUGAGGAGGCAGCUGCAUACAUUCAGUGUCAGUUUGAAGAUCUGAACCGAAGAAAAGACACCAAGGAGAUCUAUACCCACUUCACCUGUGCCACCGACACCAAAAAUGUGCAGUUUGUUUUUGAUGCUGUUACAGAUGUCAUCAUUAAAAACAACUUAAAGGAAUGUGGGCUUUAUUAAGUGGAAUUCAUAAAGGCAUUAUGGUGUGGACUGUAAGAACCAGACUUCUUUUGCUGUGCCAUGGGGCAGC